UUGCUUGAUUGAAAUUGUCCGAUUUGAAUUUUCUUGAUGAGAAUUCGUAAAAAGAAUAAGAAGAAAACAAACUAUCUGUCAUUCAGCUGGCUCCUCUCUCUCAGGUAAUGACUAUAGUUUCUGUUUCAGUGUAGAAACGAGAACGCGCUCCAUCGCCGGUAAAAAAUCUGCCGUCAUACCGGUAAACACAUAUGAUCUCCGGAAUGCAUAUAUUCAACAGAUGCCGAUAGCUAACUGCAAGACAUUGCUAAAAGUUAGCAUAAAGAUUAUCAGAGAAGCUGUGUACAAAAUUGUUUUGUAAAAGUGUAUUCCGUUUCUGCAUUUAAAAGCGACAAGAAUGGAUUCCGGGGCCAGAAUAUUGGAAAUCUUAAAUCUUCCCCUAAUGAUGCGAUGUCCCGAGCUCGGGCUGCUGAUCGACCGCGCUAGCCUUCGCGAACUGCAGGACAUCUAUCCGGUACUUGUAAAUUCGAUUUUCGGUGUCAACACCGGGGGGACCGGCUGGGGUUUCCGCGUCGUGACACGGGACACCCAUCCGCAUGACUUUGAUAUACUGUACAACUUUUUCAUACCCAUCGGGGGCCCCAUGUUUCGGCUGUGUUACCGCCUGCUGAACGAUUCGCUGAAGUACGAACUGCCCGUGUCGUGUCUGCCGCCCAAGAUGCAGCAGUUGAUGGAAAGCAGUAGAUAUUCUGCCUUUUACAGUGACAUAGUUAAUAUUGAUCCAUUUAGAAGACAGAUUGUUUCACUUUCGUUGAACGCCUUCGAUUAUUUUAUGUUUAACUUCGCUCUUCAUGGAAUGGUUCCGGCCCAGCGUCUGUGCCCUACCGUGCUAUCGAUGGGAAACGAAAAAGCAAAAUCAUUGUAUCUGAUUCUGACAGCGGAAUAUUUGUGCACAUUUCUACCGAGUCAUCCGGAUUCAGUGGUGUUACCCCAAAUUGUGGGGGGAACAGUAAAAGUUUCAUCCCCAGCUACCGUACCGGUCAUGCAACCAACAAGAUCACCGAAAUACCUCCUGUUAUCGGCCUUACACCACCACGCCCCAGCGACCUCGACAACGAUAACAGCACAACGUUCCGCAAACAAUAGCGCAGUGGAAUGCUCUUCCCGUGUCCACUGUUGGCGUUCCGAAAGUGUUCUCUACAUCUUCAUCGACUGUUGGCUCCGACUCGAUGUGGACGAUUCCCGCGAGCUGCCGAACAACGAAUUUAUUCGGUGCGUCCGCAUUCUGGUUAAACAGCUGCAUGCGUUCGGAAACAGUGCGGAUCUGGAUAACAGUUCGAUGGCACUUCUGAGGCAAUCGGCUCAGCCUCUGAUGAAUGCUAAAAUGUACGGCUUCCUGAAAGCGUUGAUUGCCCGCUGGCCACUGGACAGCUCGUUCUCGGAUGUGCUAGAGCUCUGGCUGAGCUACAUUCAACCGUGGCGCUAUACCUUCAACAGAGAUCUGAGUAUGAACAUGGAAAUUGCCAUCACGCCGAGAGAUGAAAGUUUCGUUGCCGAAAAUUUGAUUGUGUACACCCAAAUUUUUGUCCAGUUGAUUCCACGUUUCGAGCGGAUUGAUUUAACCACUCUGAGGAACGUUUUGAUGAUGUUCCGCUUGCUGAAGGUGUUCAGCCAGAGCAAUCUGAUUGAGCUGUUGAUUCAGAGCGAAGCCGGUCUCCUUUCGAACAAUAACGCGUCUCUCAACACUUCGACGUUCAAUGCAUCUUCCACACCGUUGAAUAUAUCCUCUGCUUCCAACAGAAGUAACGCGAGCCUCAGUGGGCUGAACCGUUCCAGCGGUGGAGGUGGUGGCGAGUGGAAGUCGCUGAACACAAGCGGCGGUGGUAGGCCAGGAACGCCGGGAAAUCGUUCAGGUGGUGAUCUGACAGACGAGAGCUAUGUGUUUCUUUUCGAUGAACAUUUCAGCCUUGUCAUUCAGGAGCUACUGAAAAAGAUCUACGUUUCGAUGCUGAUUGCCCGAGACAACUUGCGGCAGGUGCAACGUGAGAAGGAACAGCGCUAUCAGGGAGUGUGGAAGUAUGUGUACAGAUUGGUGGGCUAUUUCGAUCACGAUCCGGUUUAUGCUGCGAUGCUUAGCGAUCGGCAGAAGAUACCGGAGAUACUGGAUGUGGCACUGCAGGCGCUCGCGAGAAUGUUUCAGAUCCCAAUCACCGAAGAAUUGCUACAGGGCGAAUCGAUGCAGGUGGACACCACUGCUCCGAUUGAGCAAACCUUCAUCGUCAAUAGCACCAGAAACACCACAGCGGAUUCCAUUUGUUCGUCCCAAUCGUUCACGAUCUCACCGCAACAGAUGAAGCAACGCAAAGCCAUGCUUCGAUACACGGGUGAUCCCGCUCUGCUGCCCAUCACCAGUUCCGAGUUCACUUUUCUGGUUCGCUUCCUGCAUCAGCUCUCGUGCAAGCUCAAUGUAAUGUUCGGCGGAGAGAUGCACGAGUUGUGGUAUCGGGGUGAUCUGUGGGGUAAGUUAAGUAGGCAGAUUUUGAGCCCUCCGCUGGUCGCACAAACGUUUGACAAAUCGCAGGGGGUUUGUGUGCUUAAAGAAGAUCAACUUGGACCGCGUGUCUGUUUGAGGAUGCUUGCCUCGUACAAAUCGUUAUUCGUGGUGUUCUGCUCCUUCCUGACGGGAUAUGUUAUGUUCAAUGCACCCAGCUACGGAUUCAUGUUGCUGGUGACAGUGGCCUUUCUUUACGUUUUAAUCAAAUCGUUGCUCUGGGACCGAAUCGACAGCCGAGCGGGACCAAUAGGAUUACAGCAAACAAAUUGAUGUAAAUGGCCGAGCAAAUAAAACCAUAUUCUUGGAAACA